AUGCCGUUUACGAGCAAGAUCAAGCAGACUUUCCUCAAACCGGUCCAUGAAACCUUGAGCCAUUUGAGCGGAUCAGCCAAUGUGAGUGAAGGCGAAGAUGAAGGUGCACAACCUUUGCAGCAGCAGCAGCAGCAGCAACAACAUGUUGAAGACGGGGAAGGUGCCUCUGGGGCCGAACACUCGCACAAAAACAGGGAGCCUUCCACAAGCGAUGGCCGGGCCAUUAAUAAUAAUAAUAAUAAGAUGCAUCAUCAAGGGGGUAGUCACAGUAGCGGAAAGGUCGCUGAUGAAUACGAUGCACACAACGGCAGGGGCAUCGACAAAGAUGGAGAGAAGGAAAAAGAGGCAGCUUCACCAAAGGGCUCGAUCUUUGACCCCAAUUUGAGGCGGCGCAGCUCAGAGGACACAGAUGAAGAUACCGCUAAACCGUAUGGAGACUGGUCAGACACAAAUUUCUUCUCGUCGUUUUUGAACAACACGUCCCUCUGUUCCGGGUUUGGCUCUAUUGGCAACCUCCGCAAACUCAACUUUGACGAUCUUUUGAAAAGAAAGGAUGACGACGACGUGGACGAGCACGAAAUGGUGAAGGACCACCUGAGCAAGAGCGAGCACCCUCACAUUCAGAAGUUCCAAGAAAAGUUGGAAAACCUCAAACCAAAUGGGUUGCUAGAACACUCGAUCCACCCUCGCCAAGAUAGUGGCGACUUUGAGCACAAGGCCCACCCGGUGUAUGCAAAGCACAUGAAAAAGGACCUUCAUGGUGGAAGCACUGACAAUUUGAGCGAUGAAGAACUGAGCGAAACCGAGGACGAUUCCGAAGGAGGCGAGGACGAGGAAGAAGAAGAAGAAGAAGAGUUUUUGGCCAACAGACUCACUCCUUCAUCGACAAAAGCGACACUAAGUCUGACACUGAAUGAACAGUUUCCCACAAAGACAACUCCGAGUGCUGAAGAUGCGACAGACACCCUGACAACGUCCAAUGUUACUUCGUACUCUACUAUCGAUGCUGGGGAGGCAGAGUCUCCGCUGAAUGAAAAAGCGCACACCACUGUUAAAGUCGAUUCCCAGCCGCCUGGUUUGACUGAGGAGCAGAACUUGACUCCGCUUCAAAAGUCGGUAAUUCAAAACUUGGAUCCCCAGUCUAUCCGAGAAGGAGUGCUCAUCAAAAUCAAGCACAAGAGUGAAGAUGAAACAACUCCCGACCUCACCGAAUCCAAAAGAAAACUACGCUAUACAAUCGCUGAGAAAUUGAAACGCACCUUCCACUUGAAAGACAACGAUAUCUUUUAUGGAAACUAUAGCGCAUGGUUAGUGAAAGAUGUCUUGCUACAGGGCCACUUGUACCUCACUAAAGACGCGUUGCUUUAUUUUGCGUUUCUACCCAAACGGUACAGUUUGGAGGGCUCGGCCGAAGUUCAAAACUUGGAAGAUCCGUCAAAUAUAGUAUGCAAGGGAAACUUGGGGAUGAAGACUGGCAAGUUUGGCGAUGCCACAUUUUCCACUGUUCUCACCCACCGGUACUGGUCUAUAUUGAGACCAGAAACACUUACCGUGUACAGCUCUUCCACCGAUUUGUAUUUCCCGAUAUUGGUGAUUGACCUAAGAACUUGUUUAUAUGCAGAGGUCAUUGACAAGUAUAAAUAUAAAGAUGCCUCCACACCAGUUUCUAGAAGUGGUUUAACUUCGGGAUGGUCGUCGCCGCCGGCGCAUUUGAUUGAAGACUCGGCCUCGGCCUCGGCAUCCGACUUGAAAUCUAUGUUUAGUGAUGAAUCUAUUGGUGCUACCGAGGAUUCCAUGGAAGUAAAGAGCACCAAUGUGUGGUUCAAGUUGGCAACAAAAAGGAAAACCUACAAGUUCCAAUGCGACAAUUUGUACUCGGCCCGACGGUGGUGCAGCAACUUGACCAAAUUGAUUUUCCAGUUGAAUAAUGCCAACUUGAGCGGUGAGGUGUUGGUCAAGAUCCCCAUUGCAAACAUUAUUGAAUUCAAAAAGAGGAGUAUAUUUGAUGAGGAAGUAGAAGACACGGUAGAAGAAGACGCCAACGACACUCCGUUGAGUUUGAGUAUCAAGUAUCAUGCCAACGACGUUGUUGAAAAACGAAAGCGGGAUAAACUCAAGGAAAAGAUAAAGAAUGAGGCUGACGACACGGCCGAGGUGUAUUUUUUGUUCCCCAAAAACGGCUCAGAUUUGUUUAGUUCUUUCGAAGAAGCUUUCCAGAAUUCUGCAAACAUCAGUGCUCUUGCAAGGGGAAACAACUCCUUGCUCAAUUCCGUGAGAAAGGAGAGGACAGACUUGGAAAAAUCCAUUUCAACAUUGACUCCGUCGUCGAAUAAAUUGGUCAAGGCAGUCAUUGACAGCAAUACCCCCGAGUUUGGCAAGCCACAUGAUGAAUCCGCAUUGCGGAAAUUUGGCAAAUCGUUGGCCAGACCAAAGAUGCUCCUCAAACCAUCAUCGCCGAGCAACCUGGGAUCGAUAGACCGAGUAAUGACUGAUCAUCUCGAUGAAGAAAAGAGCCACAUUUCCUUACCGAUUGCACUCUCCGAGAGAAGCUUGCGCAAGUUGGAGAUUUCUUUUGAAACAACUUUCAAGAAUUUGCAAGACGCUUCCACAAGGUAUGAGCAAAGUGGGCAAAUUGUUUCAGCAAUCGAUGAUUUGCCGCUCCCGUCGAAUUUGCCCGACAAGUACAGCAGAAAGAACCAGAGCCUCCUUAGUAAAAAAAUCAAGGCACUCUCAUCCUUUGGCACGAAAUUUUCGGCUAAUCCACUUCACUAUGUAGUGGAGGACCACUAUUACGUUGCCAACAAAGAGGAACGCAAUUUUGCAUUGAAACAUUUCCACGAGCAUUUUUCUUUAUUCAACUCGCAGCUUGUGGCCUCAUAUUAUUGCCACGUCAUGCGUGGAGUUCCUAUUUAUGGUAAAUUGUAUGUGUCAGACUAUGAGAUUUGCUUCAGGAGUUUGCUUCCAGGAGUUGCCACAAAGAUGAUCAUCCCAAUGAUGGACAUUGAAAGCGUAGAUGCCACCGAGGGGUCCAGACUCAACUAUUCUGGAGCCAAAAUCGUGGUGCAAGGAGUGGAGGAAAUGUUGAUUGAAUUUGCCUAUGCUAGGUCGAGAGACGACUUUAUUGAUGUCGCUUUGACCAUUUUGGACAAGCUUCACAAGAACGAUGGCUUUCGACCCAAGCCGCACCAGUGGGGCAGCAACUACAACGUCGAGCUAGCAAAGACCCGCAUGGAGUAUAGUGAGUCGGAAAGACGCAGUAUCGAACAAGAUCAGGACAAUAAAAGGGAAUUGCAAUUGGCAGAGCAAAGAGUCGCCAUGGCCAGAAUCAAAAUGUUUGAAGAUCGACUCAAUGCCGCUUCUGGUUUGGAUGUCCCCAUUGUCUUGGAGGAUUCCCCCUUUUUCCAAACUGAAAUGAAACCAUCGACGUCUUACAAGAUUACCCUUCUCACCAUUGGCUCGCGUGGAGACGUGCAGCCAUACAUUGCCUUGGGGGUGGGUUUACAAAAAGAAGGACACACAGUCACCAUUGCCACGCACAGCGAGUUUCAAGAGUGGAUAGAAAAACACGGGCUCAGGUUUAAGGAGAUUGCCGGUGAUCCUGGUGAGUUGAUGUCAUUCAUGGUUGGACACAGCACCAUGUCCGUUUCCUUUUUAAAAGACGCCCAGGCAAAGUUUAAAAAUUGGAUAAAAAAAUUGUUAACUACAAGUUGGGAAGCAUGUCAAGGGACAGAAAUACUUAUUGAGAGUCCGUCUGCAAUGGCAGGGAUACAUAUCGCCGAGGCUCUUGUUAUCCCUUAUUUCAGGGCUUUUACGAUGCCAUGGACCAGAACCAGAGCUUACCCGCAGGCCUUUUUCGUUCCAGAACAGAAAAAGGGAGGUUCAUACAAUUAUCUCACACACGUUAUUUUCGAAAACAUUUUUUGGAAAGGUAUACAGGGCCUUGUCAAUCGCUGGCGACUAGCCGAGCUCGAUUUACCAAAGACCAACUUGUUUCGAAUGCAGCAGACAAAGGUGCCCUUUUUGUACAAUGUUUCCCCCUGUGUGAUGCCACCGGCUAACGAUUUCCCUAGCUGGGUUAAAGUAACCGGAUAUUGGUUUUUGGACGAAGGUGGCAAGGAGUAUAGCCCACCUAAGGAACUACUCGACUUCAUGGCGCAGGCUGUUGCCGAUGACAAGAAAAUCGUCUACAUUGGGUUUGGUUCAAUUGUUGUUAAUGAUGCGGCGUCGUUGACAAAGGCCAUUGUAGAAGCCGUGUUGGAAGCAGACGUUCGUUGUAUUUUGAACAAGGGUUGGUCCGAUCGAGAAAACAAGGACAAGAACAAGAUCGAGGUGGACUUGCCUCCUGAAGUUUACAACUCCGGGUCUGUGCCGCAUGACUGGUUGUUUCCAAGAGUUGAUGCUGCCGUGCACCAUGGUGGUUCGGGAACCACCGGUGCAACGUUGAAGGCAGGAACUCCAAGUAUCAUCAAGCCAUUUUUUGGAGACCAAUUUUUCUACGCGCAAAGAAUCGAGGAUAUGGGUGUGGGAAUAUCGUUGAGGAAAUUGACAAAAAAAUCCUUGGCUGGGGCACUAAACACGGUAACUGAAGAUUUGAACAUAGUCAACAAGGCAAAAAAAGUGAGCCACCAGAUUAACCAGGAGAAGGGAGUGUUGACUGCAAUUGAGGCCAUGUACUUGGAGUUGGAGUACACACGAAACUUGACCAUGGUCAAGGAGAUCCACAAUCAAAACUAUAAACGUCAUCAUCCUGACUUUAGAUCCGGAACAACAACCGCUGAGGUAUCUGAAGACGAAGAAGAAGAUGAAGAAGAAGAUUCCGAUGAAGAUGAGGAUGAAGAUGAAGAUGGCAAAGAAGAUGAAGAUGAGGAUACCGAUACCGAUACUGAUGCUAAUAAUCAUGAAAAAUAG